AUGUCAAUGACAUCUGAAAAUGAACAACAAUUAUGGAAGCUAAAACAACUAAACGAUAAUAAUAAUAAUAAUUUUAUUUUGUCAACUAAAGUGAAUAAAGACAAUCAAGUAUUAACAUUCAUUCCAAAAAUUCCAUAUCGAUUAAAAUUAGCUCCUCUAGAUGCACAGUCAACAUAUCAACAAUGUAUUUUUGUUUUAACAAAUUAUCCAAAUGAACCAACAUAUCGUAUAAAAUCAAAAUAUUUAGAAACAAUCGGUCAAGAAUUCCACUUAGAUUUAUUAAAUGAUGAGACAGCUGAAAAUUCAUACAGAGUUACAAUGAGACAACAAGGACAUUAUUCAGGACAAUAUUGGAAACUAAUCAAAAUAAACUAA